GCAACUCGGCUUUGGCUUCUGUCAAUCGGAAAAUGGCAGCGACGAGUGUUGUCGUUCUCGACCGUGGAAAUAAUACAACUUGUACCGUAAAUCUUUUCGGAGCUACGGUUGUAUCAUGGAGGGUGAAUAAUCAAGAACAGUUAUUUGUAAGUAAACAAGCAGUCUUCGAUGGCAAGCGAGCGAUACGAGGAGGGAUACCUUUUGUGUUUCCUCAAUUCGGGCAAUGGGCAUUCGGACCGCAGCACGGUUUCGCGCGGAUAGCGCGCUGGCACCUAGAGAAGGCGCCAGAGCGGCUCCCCAGCGGCGACGUGGAGGCCGUGCUGUGUCUCAUAGACGACGACUUCACACGCUCCAUGUGGCACUUCCAGUUCAGAUUGACAUACCGACUGAUCCUCCGCGAGAAGGAACUCCACUUCAACAUCGGCGUGUACAACCCCAGCAAGGAACUAACGUUCAGCUGCCAGCUCCUUUUGCACACGUACUUCAAGGUUCCCGACGUGCGCCGCUGCCAGAUCACCGGCAUGCAUGGCUGCAUGUUCAUUGACAAGACGCGAGAAGGCACAGUGUACCAAGAAACCCGGGAAGUGGUCACCAUCAACGAAUGGACGGACCGCAUCUACCAGAACACGAUGCAGGAACACAUCAUCACCAACGUCGUCAGCGGCCGCAAGAUGCGGAUACAGAAGUACAACUUCCCUGACACCGUGAUCUGGAACCCUUGGGCGGACUACGCCAAGGAGAUCCCGGACUUCGGUGACGACGAGUUCCCCAACAUGGUGUGCGUGGAGGCCGCGCGGGUCGCCGCGCCCAUCGUGCUGCUGCCCGGGACCGCCUUCGAAGCUUCGCAGAUACUACAGGUGAUGUAAGCAGAUGGCGCUAUCGUCGCCUCGCAGCCGUCCAGCGCCACGUCAAUUACGGAUCCGCAGACAAUACUAUACACACACACACAUUCCUCAGGUAUCAUAGUGUAACGUUUCACUUUUGAACGCCAGAUUCCAUCACCACAGAAUAAAUAAUAAUACUACCGUACAGAAAGGAAACUUCCUGCAAAAACGAAGUUUGACAGCGGUUCAGGGUCGAAUCAUGCUGUCCCUUUCUGAUAUAUGGCAUUAUCCCUUUCGGCUAUUUAGGGUUGUCAAAGUUCAAGUCAUUAUCUUAUCUGUGGUCGUGCACGCAAAGGGACGUCAAGUUGUAGCAACCCUAAUAAUUGCUCGGAGCAAUGCUGAGCCGAACGGAGCCGAGUUUGCCCGAAGCGAGGAGUUUCGCACCCCUGCCAUCUUCCACCUUCAAAUGUUCAUCCACUUUAUACAUAUUUAAGCAGAGGACGUGUCGCGAGCAUUGAAAAUAAAAUUCUCCUUCUCUUUCUUUUGAAUAUUUGCAUGAUAGAGAGGGUUGAUAACGAAAUUCGAUGCUCGCGAAAUCCCCCUGGAUAUCCCGCCCAACCCAUUCUGUUGAGGCGCGAAAUAUGACCUUGUAUGACGACGUUGGUGAUUUCUUGAAAGCAGUUGAUUCAAGAAAAUCACCCCGCAGAAAUAUGCAAAUUGACGUAGGCACUAGUUUUUACGAAAGAGACUGCCAUCUGACCUUUCAACCCAGAGGGAGAACUAGGCCUUGUUAGCAUUAGUCCGGUUUCCUCACGAUACCACCAGCGUGUAAGGCCUACCAAUAGUACUAAUUCUAAUUACUUCAACGUAUCGUUUCAUUCGAUUUCAAAGCAAAAGAAAUUUAACCAGAUUUUUUACCCUAUUGAUUACAAUUUCAAAUGUUUAAUUUUCUUGCGGGCUAUAAAACUCGGGAGUUUAGUUUAGAAGGAUAAUAAUCGUGCCUCAACAGUUGUUUCAUCCAAAAUUAGAUAGAAAACAGUUUGAUCGUAAACAUUUGGAUUCAAGUUAUGUCAAAUGAAUAAUGCAAAAGUAUAUUAUACCAUGACGUGGUAUCAUUAAAUAAAAAGGCGUUUAAAAUGUUAUCGAGACUUAUCUAAUAUAAUAUUUUUGAUUUCCUGUAUUAUUUGACUCAUAAAAAUACAAAAGUAUAAUGGCAUCCCGUGUGUACAAUAUACAAUAACUAAUGUACUAUGUAGGGUUUAAUUAAUAAUGUAUGACAAUUAGCCUCAUGCAUGAAGUUUAUAUUUGAACGAAAUAUGUUUUAUUCGGAUGUUUGUUACCGUUAUAUCAUGUUACAAAUGCAUUUCCGUUUUUAAAUUACCAUUUAAUCACUUAAAAUUAUAAAUAAAAAGUACAAAAAUUUGCCCGCGAAAAGCUAGUGAGCGAAACGCUCGAAACGCAACGUGACGUCACGCGUUCGACAGUUUAGUGUCAUUAGUAGCAAACGUCAGUUGGGCCGCCCAACGUGUGACGUCAUCACGCUCUGUCGAAUUCGCGCCAAAAAUUAUGAGCGUUUCAACCGCUCAAAAAUUUUCAACAUUUUAAAUAUUUUUUAAUAAAAUAAUGUUAAGGUUUACAAAAGUAUUUUUAUCAUUUCCGGUGUUCCAACGAUAUAAAUUAUGAAUCCAAAAUUAAAAAUAAAUUCAUGCAUGGAGCUAAUUGUCGCUAUAAUAGCGGUGUCACUAAUAUAGCUCUUUGCUAUCAAUUUUUUAAUAAAAUAAUACAAAAUCGCUCAUAAAUUAUUGUACAACUAGAUGUAGCUUUUCAACUUUCGAAUGUAAUUAUUUUGGUGUAUUCCCAUCUGUCCCCGCUGGGCACAGGUGGGAAUAGGCGCUACAUACAAAUCAUUCCCAUUUGUGCCCACCUCUUGUAUGGCGGUGGUCACGUGGGGCGGGCACAGAUGGGAAUACACCUUUUUUUUUUAAAUUAUCACUGAUUUGUCAAUUCUAUUAAAAUUAGAAAGUCAUGGCUAUGUCAUGGGUUAAGUUUUGACAAAAGUUAAGUUGAUUGGUUGUUUUAAAAAUGGCGGAUAACAUAAAAUGUUUAAUUGUUUAACUUAAGCACACUCGUCUUGCCAAACAUAAUUGCUAAUUAUUCGUGUUCUUUAUACAACUGUUUCGUUUCUCACGUCUUCCGUACUUCUUGUGAUACUUGUUAUUUCUUUAGCUUUAAUGUAACUUGACUGUACACUAGUUUCCGUUUUCAGUACCUAGUUCCAGGGAUUUUAACUUUGUUAUAUAGAUUUGACACCAAAAUGACUAAAUGGGCAAAAGUGCUCUUUAAGUUUAAAUCGUAAAUAUGUCAAACAAAAUAGUUGCCUGAUUCCGAGAGAAAAAAAAACCAAGCUAUUGGAUUUUUGGAGCAAAAAUAAACUCAUCGACUCUAUUUGAUGGUCUGUACAGCCACUCGCAUAACACCACUUUUGCAAACUAGGUUUAUUUACGUUUCUUGCUGUAAGUAGUUUUACAGUACAUAUGGUACUACUUUACCGCACUAGUGCGAUAAUUAGCACAUUACGUCACUAUGUCGAAAAUUCAAAGAUGUACUGUAAAACGUUGUACGAUACAUGUGCGUAAAGUCGUCGCCAAUAGAACUUGCAAAAAAUGUAAAUAAAACUUCGUAAUCUCGCUCUUUAAAAGGGCAACCAUGACCUUAUCAACAGUCUAUAUACUUAAAUAUUGUAUUUAUAUAAAUUUUUAGCUAAAUUAAAUGUUAAUUGUUAAUAUUUCAGGGAGAAUAACCUUCGUAAAAAUGUUAGGUUAUGUGUCAAACGCUAAGAAAAUCUGUCAUAUUUCUUUACAUUAUUUGCAAGUUCUAUUGACGACGACUUUAUAUAUAGGCAAUUCGCAACUCGUGUCGAUUUUAGACACUCCCUUCGGUCGUGUUUUAAUUUCCCAUUUUUCGCACUUGUAUCGUAAUGUACUAUUACCAAAUUAUUGCUGUUUUAACAACAGGAUAUAACAAACAUUUUGCUUAUGAUAUGUUUCGAAGUUUCUGUCGCAGAGUCGUUUUUAAUUAUUGAUAGCUCAAAAUACUCAUGCAUUGUUGUGUUAUUCAAUUGUUAUUUACGUAACCGUGGUUGUAAUUUUACAUUAAGUUUUUUUCGAUGGGGCAGAUGUUUUUGUCCUCAUUGUUAUUUUGAAUCGCAAUAUCUAUAAUGUUUAGUUUUUUCGCCCCAUAAUAAGCUAUACCUAAUUCUCUAAUGUUUAAGCUUUUAUACACUAAUAAUACUGAAUAUAUUGCCUCGUAAACAUCUAAACUAAUUGUAAUUUCCAAGUAAUGUACAAAUUUCUAAAACAUUCCGUGCAUAAUAAUGUACAUAAGCGAACGAUUUGUACAAAUUAAUGUGUUUUUAUUUACAUUUUUUUUACCUUUUUUAAUUUGAAGAAUUUUGGAGGCUUUUAAAGUAUACGACGGUAAAUGUAAGAUUUAUGUACUUAUAGAUAUAACGAGUUCCUUAUUACGAGGUCAUGCAAUAUGGAGGGCUUGUGCUCGAGAUAUAAUAUAAGGAUUUUAACCCUAAAUGCAUAUUGUUGCCAAAAGCAAAAUGUGCUCGAGUAUUUAGCAAGAAGAUAGGGUACGUGAGCCACCUAAGGGCGCACCAGAGAGCGGAUCAGCUACACGCUAAUAACGCGAAUUAAAAAUUGCCUACUCCAGAGCACACAGUCGCUGUGGCCGAAAUCGGUCAAGAGAGCAUCAUCAUCAUCAUUGUUGCCAAAUGUAUACAAAGCAUUGGACAGCUCACAGAUUCAACAGAAAAAAGCAAGUUUCUGAACGCACCUUCAAACCAAACGCCAAGUUGUAGUAGUAAUUUUUUAAAUCAUGCAUUUAAGGGUUAACAAAUGAACCGCGGGGGGUUUACCAAAGAUGCCAAUCGUACAUCAACAAAAGUCAAACGAAAAUUAAUCAAAGUAUCAGUAUGACAGAUGAAAUCUAAGGUUUAAUGCCGGUGAGUAAGAUUGCCAGAGCUCAACGAGGGUGCGGAGUGUUAGGGUCGGCAACGCGCAUGUAACUCCUCUGGAGUUGCAGGCGUACAUAGGCUACGGAGGCUGCCUAACAUCAGGCGGGCCGUAUGCUUGUUUUCCACCGACGUAGUAUAAAAAAAUGAGGCAAAAACAUUACAUCAAAUAAAAUUGACAUUGGUCGUUUCGAUCGGCGUUUUCUGUCAACGAUUGGCACCAUGGCUAGGCCCCUGAUGUCUUAGAAUGAUUAUUUCCACUGUUCAAAAUAGUUCACAACGAUAUGAACUAGGAAGCGAAAAUGUAUGAUUAACACAACACCGAAUUGAAAUUUAAAAAUAUCAUAUAUUUUCGUUUCUGUGUAUGGUUUUGAUUUUGUUAGCGUUUAAUUUAGUUCAAUAGAAAUGGCUAAAAAUGUAAUACAAUAAAUACAAUAUUUUUUUGUAAUUUUUUUUUAAUAAUUUUCAUGCUCUCAUUUUACAUACUUGAUUACUACGGUCAAUAUUGAUUACUUCGUGACUACUUUGAAAAAACUCGUAUCUUGUAUGUAUGCAGUACUGCGUUAUAACAUUCGAGAUUUUUUCAAAGUAGUGACGAAUUUAAGUACCUACCGUCAACAAAUAGGGAAAUAGGGAUGAGGGUGGGGUAAAUAGGGAUGGCUGGGGUGAAUAAGGACAAAACUUAAAAUAUGAUUUACCUGACUACUUCUUAACAAAUACCCACACAAAUUGUAUAAUUCGAUCUAAAAUAAUAGUAGAUUUUAUAUGAUACAGUUUGUGUGGGUAUUUAUUAAGAAAUUGUCAGGUAAAUCACAGUUUCAGUUUCGUCCCUAUUCACCCCGGCCAUCCCUAUUCACCCCGGUUGACCGUAUUUAUUAAUCAAGAAUAACGCUGUAAUUUUUUUUAAACAUUUGGCCAUUUCCAUUAAAUACUAUAUUAACGCAAUACGCUUUUCAGCAUGUAUCGCGAUCCCUCUCCUAAUACCCCCUCCCCCACUUAUUGAGAUCCCUCUUUAUUCUAACUUUACAAGUUAGAGAAAGACGGACAUACAUUCCCGCGAUAAAUGUUGACUUGCUAAGUAAUAAUUUGCUAACCGAAUAAUAUAAAUUGUCCCAAACUCCGUCUAACUAUAACCGCUAUGAACGAAUACUUGUCUAAGAUCUUAUUUUAUCUUCCUAAGGAUCACGAUUGUACUUGUGUACUAAGUACUUGUGAACUAAGUACUUGUGUACUAAGUACUUGUGAACUAAGUACUUGUGUACUAAGUACUUGUGUACUAAGUACUUGUGUACUAAGUACUUGUGUACGAAGUACUUGUGUACUAAGUACUUGUAUACUUGUCAUUUAAUCAUUGUAUUAAUGUACAACAUAAUAAGUAUACAAGGUAACAUAUAUGUAAACAUGAACCCUGACAGGGUAAAUACAUAGUUUGAAUCCUAUAUACUAGUUUUUGUAUUUAAUGAAAUUUAAACCUUUUUCGAUAGGGUAUUAUGACUGUAUUUAAAAUAAAUUAUUUUACAUCAUGCAUGAAAUAAAGCACCAGAAGAUUAAUAGAUAAACAUAGACAGCAGUUAUUUUUACACACUAUUUAUAUUUUAAAACCUGUAUUAAACUAUAAAGAAUAGGUAAUUUGAUUGUGACGUCACAUGCUAGUGUUUCAUAUAAUUUCAAUAAUAGCAAAAUUGUUUUGACAGUUCGAAAAAAGAAACUGAUUUGACUUGUAGUCAAAUUAUAUACCCUAUUGGGACAGAUUUGUUUUGUUUCGUUUGACAUUAAAUCAAAGUAAAAUCGACCUUAUGUCCUAGAUUAUUGAUUCAAAUUCCUGUGUUGAUUUUUUAAUGGUGGCCCUUAGGAGUAUAAUAUAACGUUUAAGAUCCAACAAGUAAAGUUAACCUUAAGCGUAUGUGCAUAAGGUUGUUAAUUGCACAAUAUCAAGGAUAACUCGUUUUUGUACUGUGUGUACGAGCUGUACAUUUGUAUGGAAUAUCGUUGUAAUGUAACUAUAGUGAUGAAAACAUCGAAGUUAGCAACGAAACUGUACUUCAAUAGGUGCAAUAAAGUGAAGUAAUAAAAUUA